AACAUACAAAACGUUGAUCCCUACCACAAAACAUCCUAACGGGUACUGAUAUGGUAGGAAAAACCUGGUCUAAAACCAAACUACGAACUAUUAUUUAGUUGAAAAUAGUUAGCGAUUUAUUAAGAUUAACCUGCUAGCCUGUAGUUCGUUGAAUUCCCAGCAAGUAAACGCGUCAUUCAAAUGCAUUAAUUAUUAUUCCAGUGUUUUCAGACAAAACAUGUUGCUUGUGUGCGAAACUCGUUUAAACAAUUGCGACCUUUCGGUUUUGUGUAAAUUCGGUGCACGAUAAUUACAUUGACUUUAAUUAGUGCCCAGAGAAACAUUAAACAGCUUUUAAAACUCUAAUUAUGUUACUUUGUGGUUUCAAGUGAUAAAAAUGAGACUUGACUUUGAUAGGCUACGAUUUGAGCUAUCAGAGAAAUUAUCGAGGCAACAGGAUAAUAAUUCUGCUCAGAUCAAUCAUGUGCCUUCUUCCCGGAUGCCUCAGCUGCAGCCUCUUUGUAAUACUCUUCGUACAAAUAUCAAACUCCAUUCAACAAUGCACAGAAAAUUGCCACUGCCUCAAGAAAAAUCUUACGCUCAACACUUGCCCUAAACCGAUAAUAGAUUAUCUGAAUAUAGAAUUAACAGCCAAAGAAAUUAGAAUUACGUGCAAUGAAAUGAUUUCGCCCAAUUUUGAGGACGUGCCAUCAUUUGAUGCGAAAUUCUUAACAUCCAUAGAUGAAAAAUCUCCAUUAACUCUGGAGUCGAUGGUUCAGCAGUGCGCAGGCACCCGAGGAAAAAGAAUCAUAUAUGGGCUAAACAAUGAAGGACUUCAUAGUGUUUCAGCCUCUAAGAAUAUACUGAAGGAUAAUAAUUCAGUGAAAUAUUUGAGGUUUGUUAGGACUUCGAACGAUGCCAAUAUUACGCUAUUGGAGAGUAAUUUUUUAACGUAUGGAUCUCAACUAAACACUGUAAUCUUCAACGGAUUAAGACUGGUGAAACUUGCAAAUUACUUGCAAAACUUGUCUCAUAUUGAGACUUUAGACUUGAGUUCGAAUGGCAUUGAAGAGUUGGACGAUUUAGUAUUUCAUAAUCUCACAAAUCUUUCGAGGCUGAUUUUGCAUAAUAAUACAGUUCGUGUUCUAAAUGGAAAUGUAUUGCAAAAUUUGACACAACUGAGAGUUUUAGACUUGAGCUACAAUAAAAUUGAUUCCUUAAGGAAGGAUACGUUUGUCCAGGCAGGCAAUAUUCAAUAUUUGAACUUCAGCAACAACUUCUUGCAAACUAUCGACAAUAACACAUUCAGUUUAUUUGCUAAGCUGGAACGACUCGAUUUGUCUCAAAACCCUACUCUCACUCUAAAAGAAAACACAUUUGCCAACUUAACUUCGUUGAAGUCUCUCAAUUUAAGUAGAUGUGACAUUAGACAUAUUCCAACAGGAUUUCUUAAGAGUUCACCGGACUUGAUUGCCUUGAAUGUCUCACGAAAUGCAAUCACCAAGUUAGAUAGCAAUUGCUUUGAAAAUCUGAAGAAAUUAGCUAUAAUAGACUUGAGUUACAAUAACAUCAGUUCUUUGCCGUUGCAAUUGCUUCAGCCUCUGGAGAAUUUACGCGAGUUUCUUUUAAGUCGCAACCAGCUAAGCGUGUUCAAUUUUGAUUUAUUCACGGGUAUUCAGACCCUGGGGACAAUUGACUUUAGUGACAAUUUAAUCAGCAAUUUUACAAACACCUUGCGAAAAUUUAAAGCUCAAGACAUUAUCUUGAAGAAUAAUCAAAUUGGUUGGUUUCCGGUUUUUCUCAUAAGAAAUGUACCUGGGCUAAGACACGUGGAUUUGAGGAACAAUAGGAUUACAUCAGUGAAAAUUAUGAAAGACCUUAUUCCCCAACACGUAAACGUGGAGAUAUAUUUGAAUAACAAUCAAAUAUCCCAAUUUAUUAGUGAAAAGCCGGCGGAGCUUACAAAUAGUUCAAACCAGCCAAACUGGAAAUUAAUGAUGGAUUUAUCUGAAAAUUUGUUCCGAUGCAAUUGCUUAAAAUAUGAGAUCGAGCAAUUGGUUCCCCCUCAAAAUCAAAGUGUAAUACUUGCAGUUACAAGCAAGGAAAAUAUUUGUUACACAUCAUAUCCGAACUACAAUUGUCCGCUCAUCUACAUAGAAAACAGCCCAAAAGAGUGCCAUACCUACUAUAUUAGAACAGAAAACGCCAUAGUGGUGGAUUGUACUAAUAGAAGUCUUGAAGAGUUUCCAGUAAUUCAUCAUUUAAAAACUGAUAGAUAUGAACAUAGUCAGGUAAUGGUGAAUUUGAGCUUGAACAAGCUGAAUCUGAAUGGACAAGAAAGGCUGAAAAAAUACGACAAUGUUUCCGACUUGGACUUAUCCUAUAAUGACAUAGAGCAAAUCGAAUGGCUUCCGAAAACAUUCAAGGAAUUGAAGCUGGACAACAAUCGUCUGAAAUCACUUUCACCAGAAGUGAUCGAAAACUUUAGAAACAACCACAAGUUAGACAAUGUUUCACUUAAGAACAAUCCCUGGCAAUGUGGUUGCAGCGAUAUAGAACUUCAAAAGUAUUUAACAGAAUUCAAUAACAUUAAGAUCAACAUAUCUGAUGUAACGUGCGAAGACACCGGAGAAUAUUUGCUUUAUGCCAAGAUUUGUGACGACGAGUUGGCACUUAAAAUUGCCACACCAAUAGUAGUAAUCGGUUUGUUCAUUGCCACCAUAUUGGCCAUCUAUUUCAAAUUCAACACUGCCAUUAAAGUGUAUUUAUAUUCAAAGAACUGGUGCCUGUGGUACGUGGCUGAAGAAGAACUGGAUAAAGACAAAACGUACGACGUCUUUAUUAGCUAUUCGCAAAAAGAUGAACAUUUUGUUGAAAAGGAACUUCUACCUGAGUUGGAAUCAGGGGAUCAUCCCUUCAAGGUGUGUUUCCACCAUAGAGACUGGAUACCUGGAGAGUUUAUCAGCAGGCAAAUCGUGAAUUCCGUGUUAGACUCCCGAAGAACAAUGGUGAUCCUAUCAAACAAUUUUAUGGAGAGUGUCUGGGGCAAGUUAGAGUUCCGAACGGCUCAUAUGCAGGCCAUAAAUGAAGGCAGGGCAAGGGUGAUAGUGGUUCUUUUUGGGGCCCUGAAUGAGGACAGUCUGGAUGAUGAAAUGAAAACAUAUCUCAAGACCAACACCUACGUAAAAUGGGGCGACCCCUGGUUCUGGAGCAAGUUGAAAUACGCCUUGCCACACUCUAAAACGCGCAGAGGAUUGUCGCAGUAUAGUCAAGAAUCUUUUCAUUUGCGCUGAAAAUCUCUGCCAAUUUAACUGUGUAAGUCUGAUGCAAAUACGAAAAUUGUAAAGAAGUAUUAAAAAAAAUUUAAAUA